AAAAGAAUCAAUAGAGAAGAGACAAGAAAAAAAGUUUCAAUUUUUUUUCUAAAAUAAAAAAAAAUUCAUUUUUUUUGAAUGUGGAAAAAAUGCUAAGGACUAAUGUGUUGUUGUUAUUAGUUAUUUGUUUAUUGGAUUUUUUUUCUUCAGUGAAAGCUAGUGUUUCUUAUGAUGACAGAGCUAUAAUCAUAAAUGGGAAAAGAAAAAUUCUUAUUUCUGGUUCAAUUCAUUAUCCAAGAAGCACUCCACAGAUGUGGCCUGAUCUUAUACAAAAGGCUAAAGAUGGAGGCUUAGAUGUUAUUGAAACUUAUGUUUUCUGGAAUGGACAUGAGCCUUCUCCUGGAAAAUAUAAUUUUGAAGGAAGAUAUGAUCUUGUUAGAUUCAUCAAAAUGGUACAAAGAGCAGGACUUUAUGUCAAUUUACGUAUUGGCCCUUACGUCUGUGCUGAAUGGAACUUUGGGGGAUUCCCUGUUUGGCUAAAAUAUGUGCCUGGUAUGGAAUUUAGAACAAACAAUCAGCCUUUUAAGGUGGCUAUGCAAGGAUUUGUUCAGAAAAUAGUCAACAUGAUGAAGUCAGAAAAUUUGUUUGAAUCUCAAGGAGGACCAAUAAUUAUGGCCCAGAUAGAAAAUGAGUAUGGACCAGUAGAAUGGGAAAUUGGUGCUCCUGGUAAAGCUUAUACAAAAUGGGCAGCUCAAAUGGCUGUAGGUUUGAAAACUGGUGUCCCAUGGAUCAUGUGUAAGCAAGAGGAUGCUCCUGAUCCUGUGAUUGAUACUUGUAAUGGCUUCUACUGCGAAGGGUUCCGUCCUAAUAAGCCUUACAAACCUAAAAUGUGGACAGAAGUAUGGACUGGCUGGUAUACGAAAUUCGGUGGUCCAAUUCCUCAAAGACCAGCCGAAGACAUUGCAUUUUCAGUUGCCAGGUUUGUUCAGAACAAUGGUUCAUUCUUCAAUUACUACAUGUAUCAUGGAGGAACAAAUUUUGGCCGGACAUCAUCAGGGCUUUUCAUUGCAACUAGCUACGAUUAUGAUGCUCCUCUCGAUGAAUAUGGGUUGCUGAAUGAACCAAAGUAUGGGCACUUGAGAGACUUACAUAAAGCUAUCAAGCUAUCUGAACCGGCUUUAGUUUCAUCAUAUGCUGCGGUGACUAGUCUUGGAAGUAAUCAAGAGGCUCAUGUUUAUAGAUCAAAAUCUGGAGCUUGUGCUGCUUUUUUAUCCAACUAUGACUCUAGAUAUUCAGUAAAAGUCACCUUUCAGAAUAGGCCAUACAAUCUGCCUCCAUGGUCCAUCAGCAUUCUUCCCGACUGCAAAACUGCCGUUUACAACACUGCACAGGUUAACUCUCAAAGCUCGAGCAUAAAGAUGACGCCUGCAGGUGGUGGAUUGUCUUGGCAGUCAUACAAUGAAGAAACGCCUACUGCUGAUGACAGCGAUACACUUACAGCUAACGGACUAUGGGAACAGAAAAACGUCACAAGAGAUUCAUCAGACUAUCUGUGGUACAUGACAAAUGUAAAUAUAGCAUCUAAUGAAGGAUUUCUAAAGAACGGAAAGGAUCCUUAUCUCACUGUUAUGUCCGCUGGUCAUGUCUUGCAUGUUUUCGUCAAUGGAAAACUAUCAGGAACUGUUUAUGGUACAUUGGAUAAUCCAAAACUUACAUACAGUGGCAACGUGAAGUUAAGAGCUGGUAUUAACAAGAUUUCUCUGCUCAGUGUUUCCGUUGGUCUCCCGAACGUUGGCGUGCAUUAUGAUACAUGGAAUGCAGGAGUUCUAGGUCCAGUCACGUUGAGCGGUCUCAAUGAAGGGUCAAGAAACUUGGCGAAACAGAAAUGGUCUUACAAGGUUGGUCUGAAAGGCGAAUCGUUAAGUCUUCACUCCUUAAGUGGGAGUUCUUCUGUUGAAUGGGUUCGAGGUUCACUAGUGGCUCAAAAGCAGCCCCUGACUUGGUACAAGGCUACAUUUAACGCGCCUGGAGGAAAUGAUCCACUAGCUUUAGACAUGGCAAGUAUGGGAAAAGGUCAGAUAUGGAUAAAUGGUGAAGGCGUAGGUCGCCAUUGGCCUGGAUACAUAGCACAAGGCGACUGCAGCAAAUGCAGUUAUGCUGGAACGUUCAACGAGAAGAAGUGCCAGACUAACUGCGGACAACCUUCUCAGAGAUGGUACCAUGUUCCACGAUCGUGGCUGAAACCAAGUGGAAACUUGUUAGUAGUAUUCGAAGAAUGGGGAGGUAAUCCAACAGGAAUUUCUCUAGUCAGGAGAUCAAGAUAAAGAACUCGAAAAGUAAAACUUGUUCAGUAACUAUGGUGCUUGAAUUCGCGCCGAAAAAUACAUACACGAAGCUAACAAUGGAGGCUACAGUUUGCAAAUUGCAGCUGAAUAAAACAUUAGAAGAUAAAGAAAUAUUUGAUUAAAAGGAGUAUAUAAAUUUACAGAGAAUUUUCUUUAUUCUUUGUAAAACUUUGGUUUAUAAAGUUUAUACAGAAUUUUCUGUUAUUUGGAUUAUGAGAUUGAAGAAGAUUGUACAGCUUCCAAAUACUAUUAGAAUACAAAUAAAUUUCAUGUAACUAUAUACAAUUAUUACAAUUUGUUUACGUGAAAUAUUAAUACAAGUUAUAUCAAGAAAGUCAAUUUUUUUCAUUAA